GCGGAACUGUCGCGAUUACAAAAGGUGGAGAGUGAAUAGUAGAGGUUGUUGUCAUUUUCCCUCCGCCUUGGAUUAAGUCGGUAGGGUCAUGGCGGCCUCGGGCCUUCCGCCGUUGCCCCCACAAUUCAAGGCUGUGCAGCAUAUCCUGAGAUCCGCGCAGGAGCUAGACAAGCGGGAGCCUGUAGUGGCCUAUUACUGCCGUUUAUAUGCUAUGCAGACGGGUAUGAAGAUCGAUAGUAAAACCCCAGAGUGUCGCAAAUUUUUAUGCAAGCUCAUGGAUCAACUUGAAGCUAUGAAGAAGCAGUUGGGUGAUAAUGAAGCUAUUACUCAAGAAAUAGUUGGCUGUGCUCAUGUUGAAAAUUAUGCAUUGAAAAUGUUUCUCUAUGCAGAUAACGAAGAUCGAGCUGGGCGAUUUCACAAAAAUAUGAUUAAGUCUUUUUAUACAGCGAGUCUUCUAAUAGAUGUCCUGACUGUAUUUGGAGAACUAACAGAUGAAAAUGUCCAACACAGAAAAUAUGCCAGGUGGAAGGCAGCAUACAUUCAUAAUUGUCUAAAAAAUGGAGAAACGCCACAAUCUGGACCUAUUGGAAUGGAAGAGGAAUACUAUGAUGAAAAUGAAGAGGUUGGUUCCCCUGCUCUGCCUGGCCAAGAAUCUCAGGAGUCAUCUACCUAUGAGUCAGGCAAUGCACCCACAAGCAAUUACACUGGCAUACAUAUCCCACCAGGCGCUCAUGCUCCAGCUAACACUCCUGCUGAUUCCUCACACCACGGGUCUACAGGUGUGACAAGUGCUUCAAUUCAACCAACUCCUCAAAAUGUCCCCAUCGUAGAUCCUUCACUUUAUGAUGUUCAGCCUGCAGGGGAAAUUCAUUUGACUCCUGAAGAUUUCGCCAGGGCUCAGAAAUACUGCAAAUAUGCUGGUAGUGCUUUGCAAUAUGAAGAUGUGAGUGCUGCCGUUGAGAAUCUACAGAAAGCUCUCAAGUUACUGACUACAGGCAGAGAAUGAUGCUUUUGUCCAACAGAUUCAUGACUGGCACCUAAAGAGCUAACAGUCCAUUACUCCUGCUUUCAACCUGUGAGGGAAACAGUUGCACAAAAGCAUUUGAUUUCUUGUGACAGCAAAAAGAAAUCUGUGUGUCUGUAUAAGAUUCUUUCCAUAGACUAGUGUGGCGCUAUAGCCCCUCACCCUUCAAAUGUUGGAAUAGAGGAAUAAAAGUGAUCUGACUACCAUAGUUUAAAUUCUGGAUGCCAGUUCGUGGCAUUUCUAGUUCAUGGCUAUAAAAUGCCCCAACAUUUAUCUCGUUCAUGAAAAUGUUUAUAUUCACAAACUUGGAAGAAGAAAAAGGAACAGUUUUGAAAACAAAGUACACUUUUUAAUUGGAUAUUCAUAUAAUAAAACAUGCCGGAAGAAGAGCUGCAGAUGUUUUUUUUUCCCUUUUAUUUUGCUGGGGGGAGGGAACUGUUAUAUCAACCAUAAAAGCUUUAAAGAUCCCCUAGGCAAACCACUGUGUUCUUGAUCAAAGCACUCUUCCUCUUUAUGUGGUUGGUUUCAUUUUGGAGAUGAAAGAUGAUAAUACACCUCAAAUCUAAAAUCUAGAUCCAAACACCUGAAUUUUGAGAGAAUGUGUGUUUGCUGGCAAUAUUGGAGGAGAACAUGGCUGUAAUGGGAAGAUGAAAUAUUUGGACUUGAAGGAAGUUGAGAGUUCAUUAUUCACAUCUGCUGUUCACCCAGAGAAAGAUUUUUUCACAGUCCCUGAUUUGUAUACUCCACUAAUAUGUUGAAUCCUCUAUAAGUGUUGUUGAAUUAGGAAUAUGCUAAACAUGCAUUUAUGCUUUUAACAA